UUAGAUGAAUUUGGCACUUUGAUCAGAGUGUGGGUAAGCCUCAUUUAAUGGGCAGUACAAUACAAGGGCGCUACUGAACACGGGUUUGUCAAGGUUUGUUGUCAUCUUCUCUAAGGCCAAGCUCCUAAGAUUCUUCAUUUUUUCCGAGCAAAACUGUCAUCCAUUUCCUGUGGAUUUCAUUUCAGCCCCCACCCCCCUUUUCUCUCUCUUCUGGCAAUUUUUGCUGUCGCAGCACCGGCAUUCACAAUCCUCUUCAAGGCGACUUUUGUAACAGCGAAGCUCUCGAGGUGUUCGAUGUAAAUUUCCCUUUCAUUCAUAACUUUCUGGUUUCAUUUCGUGAAGGAAUUUUCAGGAAAAGGGAGUGUUUUGCCUAAAGCAGAAAGCGAAAUUUCACAGUAGAUAGUGCUGGUAUCUUUCAUUUCAUCUUUCUAUCUGCUUUCACUUCGAAAAGAAGGGCAAGAUGGCGAAAGGAAACAAGGUGCGUUCUUUUGCGAGCGAGAAAUGCUACAGAGCGAAAUGGAGGAGUUCGUAAACUUGGGACUCAGAUUGAAGUUUCACUGAAAAAAGAAGAAGAAGGAAGCUUUAGGGAUAUAAUAUGCCAACAGUCUGGUUCUCUCUCAAGAGGUCUCUACACUGCAAAUCAGAGCCAUCAGAAGUUCAUGACCCGAAAUCCAGAAAGCACUUGAGCACAAUCUUGACGAAAAGGGCUGGUAGGUCUGGGUGUUCGAGGAGUAUAGCAAAUCUCAAAGAUGUGAUCCAUGGGAGCAAAAGGCAUCUCGAGAAGCCACCGAGUUGCAGUCCGAGAUCCAUUGGGAGCAGCGAGUUCCUCAACCCAAUUACCCACGAAGUGAUUUUAAGCAACUCUAGGUGUGAGCUUAAAAUCACUGGUUUUGGAGGAUUUCAAGAUGGCGUUGGCGGCGGAGCUAACGGCGGUGGAGGUGGAGGUGGCGGUAAUAAUGGCAGCGGCGGCUCUACCUUUGUGGGUACUUUAAGGCCUGGGACUCCGGGACCCGGAGGUCACCCUACAAUGCACUACUUUAAUCCUUCUUUUAGGACACCAUCGACUCCUCCAAGGAAAUCUCCAAGUCCUUUUCUUUUAUCAGAUAAAGAAGGGUCAGCUUUGCAUGGUGGUGGUGGGCUUCAUUCUAGCAAUAGGAUGUCUCUUGAGACUGAUUCUAAUGGCUGUUCCACUAUCACUUGUCACAAAUGUGGAGAGCAAUUUACCAAAUGGGAAGCUGCUGAAACUCAUCAUCUCUCCAAGCAUGCUGUUACUGAGCUUGUGGAAGGCGAUUCGUCGAGGAAGAUAGUGGAGAUAAUAUGCAGGACGAGCUGGUUAAAGUCUGAGAACCACUGUGGUCGAAUAGAGAGAGUGUUGAAGGUCCAUAACAUGCAAAAGACACUGGCUCGAUUCGAAGAGUACAGAGAGAUAGUGAAGAUCAAAGCUAGCAAACUCCCGAAGAAACAUCCUCGGUGUCUUGCCGACGGGAAUGAACUUCUAAGGUUCUAUGGCACCACCGUGUGCUGCAAUCUUGGUCUCAAUGGCUCUUCCAGCCUCUGCCUCUCAGAAAAAUGCAGUGUCUGUCGAAUUAUCAGAAAUGGGUUUUCUGCAAAGAAGGAGCUCAAGGGUGGAAUAGGCGUUUUCACAACUUCCACGAGUGGAAGAGCAUUUGAAUCUAUUGAGAUCCUUGACGAUGACAUCUCAAUCAGAAAAGCACUCAUAGUUUGCAGAGUAAUAGCUGGCAGGGUUCAUAGGCCUCUCGAGAACAUUCAGGAAAUGGCAGGGCAAACAGGGUUUGAUUCAUUGGCCGGUAAAGUUGGUCUUUAUUCAAACAUAGAGGAGCUCUAUUUGCUCAAUCCUCGAGCUCUUCUUCCUUGCUUUGUCGUAAUAUGCAAACCCUGAAGCCAUAGAAAUCCAGUUGAAAAAGGAGUACACAUUAAUUACACCCAGUUUUAAUGAAAAUCCCCUGUUUUGGCCUUUUCAUGGAGGUUCUAUGCUCUUCAUCUUUUGGAAAGAUUAGAUUUUUCUCGUUCAUGUCACUUGUCGUCUUCUUGUUUAUUGUAUGAACUUCUUAUUCAUACCCCUGUAACAUUUUAAAUGGUGCUGAUUUUUUCACCUACACAAGCUAGUUGGUAAAAAGGUAGAAAUUGUACCAAGGUAA